AUGAAUGCCGAAGGGGGAUCAUCCGGGCUGGCCAAAUCAGCCGCUGUAAAACUGUCCGAGAUGGGCGAAAGAACCAAGAAGUUAGGCACCGCGAUGAAAGAUCCUCACCAGCAAAGAAGGAUCAUAUUAGUGAUUGUUUGCGUUGCUCUCCUGCUGGACAAUAUGCUCUACAUGGUAAUCGUGCCAAUUAUUCCAGACUAUCUUGCUGAGCUGGAGAAUGAGCAGUCAGAGCACGUCCACGAAGUGAUGCAUCCCAACAGUUCAACCAACAGCACAAGCCAAGACAAAAGCAACAAGGACAAUUUAGAUGUCCAGAUAGGAGUACUUUUUGCGUCUAAAGCCAUCCUGCAGCUGUUAGUAAACCCGCUGUCGGGAACUUUCAUAGACCGGGUUGGAUAUGACAUACCACUUUUAAUUGGACUGACUGUCAUGUUCGUUUCCACUUGCAUAUUUGCUUUUGGGGAGAACUAUGCGACGCUCUUUGCUGCCAGAAGUUUGCAGGGUCUGGGGUCUGCUUUCGCUGACACCUCUGGAAUUGCCAUGAUAGCCGACAAAUACACCGAGGAGGCAGAGAGAAGCAAGGCGCUUGGCAUUGCUCUGGCGUUUAUCUCUUUCGGGAGUCUGGUGGCGCCUCCCUUCGGGGGUGUCCUGUACGAGUUUGUGGGCAAGAGAGUGCCCUUCAUCGUGCUCGCCUGCAUUUGCCUGGCUGACGGCUUUCUGUUGCUCACCGUGAUCAAGCCGUUCUCCAACAGGACUAGAGAGAACAUGCCAGUCGGCACCCCUAUAUACAGACUCAUGAUUGAUCCGUACAUAGCUGUGGUAGCCGGGGCGCUGACAGUGUGCAACAUCCCCUUGGCUUUUCUUGAGCCCACCAUAGCCAACUGGAUGGAGACCACCAUGCACUCCUCACAGUGGGAAAUGGGACUCACGUGGCUCCCUGCCUUCUUUCCUCACGUCCUCGGUGUGUACAUAACAGUUAAAUUGGCAGCACAGCAUCCACAUUUGCAGUGGUUCUACGGAGCUUUGGGUAUGGUUAUCAUAGGGGCAAGCUCCUGCACAGUUCCGGCAUGCAAAACUUUUGGGCAGCUCAUCGCGCCGUUGUGCGGCAUUUGUUUUGGCAUCGCACUUGUAGACACUGCCCUGUUGCCGACACUCGCUUUUCUGGUUGACGUGCGUCAUGUUUCAGUGUAUGGUAGUGUUUAUGCUAUAGCGGAUAUUUCCUAUUCUGUCGCAUAUGCCAUGGGUCCUAUAGUAGCCGGCCAGAUAGUGCACAAUCUCGGGUUUGUACAACUUAAUCUGGGUAUGGGUCUCGUCAAUGUGCUUUACGCACCAGCCCUGCUGCUGCUGCGCAACGUGUGCCAAAUGAAACCGUCCUACUCAGAGAGAGAUAACCUGUUAGAAGAAGCUCCGCAGGGGCUGUACGAUACUAUCAAAAUGGAGGAGAGGAGAGGUAAAAAGAAGAGUUACAGUUCGGCAGGGAAUUGCCUUCCAGUAGAUGAAAAUGGGUUUGACCCCUUUAGAGCACAACGGUCCGUGUCAGAGGAGUCGUCCGGUCCCGAGUAUACUUAA